AUGUCAGAAGAUCAAAUAGACACAUUUGAAGCUUUGAAGGAUUCAAUCAAUCAAUCAUUGACACACCUAAAUUCAAUAGACCAUGAGGGGAAUUUACAUUACAACAUCAUUUCAGAUCCUUUUAUGCUACGAUGUGGUUGUAUAAUAUCAGAAAAACUUGCCAUAUCAUUAGCUCAAGAUACAGAAUUUGAAUGUCCAAUAUGUCACAUUCCAACUACAUUUGGUCAUGAAAUUAAACCAUUGAAAAACCUUUAUAAUGUUUUAUAUCCUCAAAUUUCAUCACAAGAAGAGAAUAUAUCAGACAAGAAAGAAUCUCUACUAUCACUUUUCUAUUCUGUUGCUAAUAAAAUUAAUGAAAAUCCAGUACCCAAGAUUUCAAAAGAAUCUCAUGAACAACAACAACACCUCAAAAAUAUACACAACUUGGGACAACUGAACCUUAAAACCUCUUCAGAAACAUCAUCCCUUAAUGAAACAUUACCAAUAACAACUUCAAAUAUUAGAAAAUUUUCAUCAACAUCUUCAAUUUCAGUACCAGCAUCAACACAAUCAUCAUCAAUAAUACCUUCAUUACAACCACAAACAUUUUCAUCACCAUCAUCAUCACCACCAUCACAUACAACUUCUAACUCUCAAACAUCUUCAAUGAAGAAUCUACCGUCUACAUCAACAAAUUUACCUGAAACUCAUGAACAAAAAGAAUAUUUAUUUGUUAAAUGUUUCCCAACUUAUAGACAAAGAUUUCAGUACAAUACACAUUCAAAAUUCUUGAAAACUAAAUCCAAAAAUUUCAUUAAUAAUUCAAUAUCACCAAGUUGUAAGUUUUUUGCAUUAAUUCAACCUAAAAAAUGGGAAGUUUGGGAAAUUUCAUCAGAUUCCAAAAAACCACCAAUUUUAUAUUGUUGUGGUAAGACAACAGGUGAAUAUGGUUUAAAUUUUGAAAAUUUAUCCAAACCAAAUCCAAAUGAAAUCUUAGGAGGUCAGGCAAAAGAAUUUGAUGAAUUAACAUUAAAGAAAAAACUUAAUGAUUGGGAACAAUUUUAUUGUUCAUUAUCUGAUGAUUUUUUAGUUAUAUCAGGUACUGGUGGUAUUUUACGUAUUAUUGAUUUAAGGAAAAAUGGGAAACCAAUUUAUUUAUAUAUUUCAAAUUUCCCAAUUAGAUGUUUAGAAUUAUCUUCAAAUUCUAAAUUAAUAGCAUAUGGUAUAACUGGGAAAGAUAGAAUAACAGGUAGUGAACAAGCAUUAGUUGUAUUACACAAACUAAGUUUUAAUGAAAAUGAAGAUGAUUCAAAUGAUGAUGAUCAAAAUUUUCAAGAUGAUCCAAUAACUAUAACAUUCCCAUAUAGAGAUCCAAUAAAUCAAUUAAGUUUUUCAAAUGAUUCAAAUUAUUUAUCAGUUUCCACGGCAUUAGAAUCAAGAUUUUUAACAAUUUGGGUUAAAAAUUAUACAGAACCUAAAUUAGUUAUGAAAUCUUUAAGAAAUAUAGAUACUUCAUUAGAAAGUGAAGGUAUUACAGAUGUUCGAUUGUUUCCAGAUAAUCAACAUAUGAUUAUAACAUCAUCUUCAUUUAAUGCAGCACCAAUAAUUAUUGAUAAUAAUAUAUCAUCAAUAAAUGGAUUACAAACAGUUGCACAACCUAAAUUAUUAUUAAAAUUAGAUGAAUUAGGUUCAUCAAUUCAUAAAAGUACAAUAUCACCAAGAAAUGAUACAAUUGCAAUUUUAGAUAGAAAUGGACGAAUUUAUUUAAUAUUUGCUACAAAGAUGGAUAUGGAAUCUAAAAGAAUUUUCAUUGUUGAUCAAGUUAGUAAUGCAUUUAGAAGAAGAGAAUGUGCUUCAAUUCAAUUUAGUAAAGAUGGUUAUAAAUUAUAUUGUCUUGAUAGGAAAGGUAUUUUAUAUAUUAAUGAUUUUGCAGCUGGUUUACCUCAUCAAUCUGAAAUUACAAGAUGUAAACCAUUAAUUUGGGGGAAUUAA